AUGGCAGCCUCGUCCAACAGACCCCGCGCCUUCGAUGCAGCACACGCCCAUUCCUGGCACUACUACACACCGCGCUCCAAUGCGACAACGCCAGCGCAAGCAGAGACCGGCGCACACGACACAGCACCCGCGCGACCUACCCAUGUGCGCCAGGCGACUACACCCGCGCCUGCUCCGCAGCCCGUAUUUGACGCUGCAAAUCCGCGGACGUGGAAUCGCUCAGCAUCGCGGCUCCUACUGGAAGAGCAUCAUCGCGACCGGCCGACUGUACGAUCUGUCUUGGAUCGCCCGUCAGUGCGGACACCCACCCGUCACAGCGCCGCCUCGCGUCCUGCCGGCGACAGGUCUCCACGUACACUGAAUGACUGGUCAGAGUAUCUGGCGAGCGGUGAGAUGACCUCUACACAGGAGCGCGUCGCCAUCUUGACUGAUGUGUAUCGCGCCAUGCAACUGGGCUCCACCGCAUCAAGUACGAGUUUGGCCCAGCGUCGCCGACCUGCCCCGCAUCGUCCACCGCGUUCUCGAGUGGGUACUGGACUCGCGAGUAUGUUGCACGACCCAGACUUUGGCGAUACAUCCGCAUACUGGAGUGCCAUGGUUUUGACGGACAGCAACACGCGCGGUAAUGCACACUCUACGUACCCGCGACGUCCUGGCGGUUCGAUCAUACAAACCGCUACACUCCUGUCGCAGCAACAGCAAAGACGACGACGCGGCAGUAUCGCAAGCAUCAACACGGUCAACACGACCAAUUCACAGACAACGUUGCCUGAGUACGACGGCGGCGACUGGACACUUCCAGACUACAGAAGCCAGAUUUCUUCUCGAGGUAGCAUGGAGAUCAAUGUUUGA